CCGGAUGUGGCCGGGGUGGGUCUUCUCGCCCCCGGCGGAGCGUGUGUGUGCCGGUGGCCGGGUAUAUAAAGCUAUGAGCGGACGCCGGCGUGGCCUCUGCGAGUCAAACAUCACGGUUGGACGGGGGUCGCCCAGUUCGCUACUGUCGGAUGUCCAGCGGCUCUCCGGAGAGGAUUCAACGCCACAAGUGUGGAGCUCAACAUGGUGCAGCUGUCUCCUUCCCCUACCCUGGUAGUCACCCCUCCACCUGAGCGCUCAGAUGAGGGGGAGGAAAGACUGGAGGACCAGGUGAUGGCUGAAAGCCCCAAGGGGGGCUUGCCCGGUGGUCUGAGUGCCCUGCAGCUCAGCCUGGAGUCCUGCACCGCCUACCACGGCUACGAGGCCUACAUAGAAGAUGGUCUCAUCUGCCUCAAACACAAAGUCCGCAACUUGGAGAAAAAGAAGCUGAAACUCGAAGACUACAAGAAGAGGCUGAAUUGGGGCAGGAAACUUAACAAGGAUCAGAUGGCGGCUUUGGAAAAGUACGAGGAGGUGCUGCAUAACCUGGCAUUUACACGGGAGCUGCACAAAACUCUGGAUAGCUUGACUCAGACGCUGCUGAGAGCCCAGAGGAAGGUGAGGAAGCAGCAGCAGCUGGUGAAGGAGGAGGCGGAGAGGAGGCGUCUGAGCACCGUGCUGCAGGUCCAGCACCUCCUCCACAGCAUGCAGCAGGAGCACAUCAGGCAGGACCUGCUGGCUGGACACAACCAGGCGCCCCUCAUCUCAGCCAAACGGCUGCACAGCCUGGGUCAGCUCGCCGCCCUGCUGGGAGUCAACAGGGAUAACAGGCUGAGUUUAGAGGAGCAGAUGGAGCAAGCGGCUCUGGCCUACUGGGACCUGCUAGAGGGGAAAGACAAGCCUGUGGCUGGAUCCACAUUUAAGCUGUUCAAAGAAGAAGUCACCAGGCUGUUGAACUGCAAGUACUUCAGUUGUCUUCCACCUCCACCCACCAAGUCUCCAGAAGUGCUGCUGAAGUCAAACGGCCACAGCACCACAUCAAAGUCAAAACCAAAUGAAGUUCCUAAGGAGUUUUUCAACAGACUGUACCUGACCGAUACGGAGACUCAUCCCACUCCGAACUGGAAGGGGGACUUCCAGACCACGAGGGAGCCUCCUGACUCCUGGGAUAUGGAGUUCUCAGAUGGACCCACAUCACCCCAAGCUGCAGUCCACAAACCAUGGAGAGGAGCUGCCACUUUUAUCCCCAAAGUCCCAGUCACUACCAAGAAGCAAUGUCCUGACUGCAAACAGAGAAAAGAGAGGAGAGCCAAAGGAGAGCAACAUGCCAAGUUGGCAGUUGACAUGGAUAUGCCUGUGGAGGUGUUCAACUUUCCAUAUGCCUUGCCCAAAGACCCUGUCCUGAGGAAGCAGCACCUAGAGGACCUCAUGACAAAGAUCCAUGGCUCCUUCAGUUUUAUGCAGGACUCUCUUCUGGAUGGUGAGAUCUCCCCCACCAAUGGCCUGCCUAGACUGAAGAGACGACCGUCUGGCUCUCCAUCUCCUCUGGGUCGCACAGACUUGAGAAGCCCAGUCGAAGACCUGUCCGAACCAAUGCAUUCCACCCCACUGCCUGCCAGGCUUAUAGAGCGCAAAGCCAGCCUGACAAAUGGGGAUCAGUGCCUGGAGACCUGUGACCAGACUUUUUCCUCAAUGGACCUACCUCAUGAGCCACUGCAGUUGGCUGAAAUAAAGAAGUUUUCUUCACCGCCGCUGUACCGCAGGGAGUCCAUCAUCUCUGUUGCUCAGGAGGAGAAGAGCAGUCCUCAGACACCAGUAACUGAGUCAGGGAAGCAGUCGCCCUGUAAUGGGGUGGCAUCUGGCACCUCCACCCCCCCUCAGGGACAAAGUUUCUCUACACCCCCCACCAGGCGAACUCUGACGUCUGCACAGUUUGAGAACAUCCAGUCAUUGGUCUUCAAGGCGAAUGCCUCUUUACCUCAAAAUGGGGAAUUGAACUACAAACCAGAUUCUGCAGUUUUCAAUGAACCCAGGUACAGCAAUGCCAGUACCCAAACGCCACCGGAGAUGGCUCCCUCAGAAGACGAACUACAGCUGGUGUACCAGGCAGAUUAUACGGUGGGUAAUGGAGGACCGAUCUUCCUGUCCCCUGGCCAAUCAAGUGGUAGCGUGGGUCGUCCCGGCCAGUCGUACUACACCAGAGGAUCUGUGAGAGGUAUGGCACGUGGCGCCAAGGGACUGGCACAAACCUUUCGCUCUUCUGGUUGGCAUCGAGGAGGAUCCUACCUCCCACAGACUAAUCUAAGGGACUCUGGACCUGUCCUCUAUGCUGCUAGAGAUUCUGGAUAUCAACACAGCUAUAGACGUGGAGGAGGAAGGCGUCACUCGAGUGCGACCUGGAGUGACUCUUCCCAGGUGAGCACCCCAGACAGGGAGGGAACGUUUACACUUGUGGGUCACGACUCGGGUCAUGGGGAUUCCCUGUCGGUUUCCACCGUGGAUGUCCCUCUCACUCCCCAUGGCCACCAUCACGCCCUGCUUCCCAUGCAACUCUACCCGCUCUCCCAGCCGAUGCGAGUGGCCUUCAACGCCUCUCGCACUGCCAACUUUGCCCCAGGCAACCUCGACCAGCCCAUAGUGUUCGACCAGCUGCACAGCAACCUAGGGGAGAUGUACGACACCCACAUCGGCCGCUUCACUUGCCCUGUCAACGGAACCUAUGUCUUUAUCUUCCACAUUCUGAAGCUUGCCAUCAACGUGCCCCUCUACAUUAACCUCAUGCGCAACGAAGAGGUGAUGGUGUCGGCGUACGCCAACGAUGGCGCCCCAGAUCACGAGACAGCCAGCAACCACGCCAUCCUGCCUCUCUUCCAAGGAGAUCAGGUGUGGCUCCGGUUGCAUCGUGGUGCCAUCUAUGGCAGCACCUGGAAGUACAGCACCUUCUCUGGCUUCCUGCUGUACCAGGAUUGAACUUUUGGUCAAACAAAUGGCUCUCUUCUUCCAGUGUGUGGACGGUUUACUUUAUACUAAAUGGUGAUUUAAACUAACAUUUCAGUAUUGUGGUCAGGCUGCAUGGCAAUGGCCUUUUCACCAUAAAGCUCAUUCAUAAAUAAGCUGUCAGUUGCCAAAUUAUAUGAUCGGUCCUCUCAGCCAUUAUCUAUAUUUGAAAUGGGGACUGUGACUACUUGACAUAAACCAAAUGUAAGAUUCCAUAUGAAUGUAUACAUGAUGGUGGUGCUCCCUGUGAAUAAGUACAACUGAUAACAUGUCAUCUUGCUGUAAAUCAACCCAUAGUAUAUCACCUGUUCAGCCCACAGGUCACUUAUUUCAGUAAGAACUCCAAUGCAAUGUUGUGAAUUUGUGCCUUGUUUUCUGAAUGGCUUUGGGUGACUGACCGAUGUUAAAUGGCUAAUGAACUGAAUUAUUGGCUGGUUUAUCUGAUGAAUAAUAGUUGACCCUACUGUCGCUUGUUGCUGGGCUCCUAUGCAUUCAGUCUCACCUUACUGUAUGUGAAUGUGAAGCUGAGAAAGGAAAGAUUGUGUUCUUGGUGGUGGGUAUGGUGUUAAACACUUGAGGCCAAAUUGUUGCACUAACAGACUACUGUGGAGAGAUGGAAGUGGUUCCUUGAUGUGCCUAAAUAAAAGACGCUGUGAAGUUUG